GUUCACUCCUGGGCACCCGGGGAAGUGGAAGCGCAGGGCCCUGCUGCGGGGGGGAGAGCCACAGACGCCGGGACCGGGACCGCCGCCGCCGCCGCCGCCAUGAGUGACCAGCAGCUGGACUGUGCCUUGGACCUAAUGAGGCGCCUGCCUCCACAGCAGAUUGAGAAGAACCUCAGCGACCUGAUCGACCUGGUCCCCAGCCUGUGUGAAGACCUCCUGUCUUCUGUGGAUCAGCCCCUGAAAAUCGCCAGGGACAAGGUGGUGGGCAAGGAUUACCUGCUGUGCGACUACAACAGAGACGGAGACUCGUAUAGGUCACCAUGGAGCAACAAGUACGACCCUCCGUUGGAAGACGGCGCCAUGCCGUCCGCGCGGCUCAGGAAGCUGGAGGUGGAAGCCAACAAUGCCUUUGACCAGUACCGAGACCUGUAUUUUGAAGGUGGUGUCUCAUCUGUCUACCUCUGGGAUCUGGAUCAUGGCUUUGCGGGAGUGAUCCUCAUAAAGAAGGCUGGAGAUGGAUCAAAGAAGAUCAAAGGCUGCUGGGAUUCCAUCCACGUGGUGGAAGUGCAGGAGAAGUCCAGUGGACGCACCGCCCACUACAAGCUGACUUCCACGGUGAUGCUGUGGCUGCAGACCAACAAAUCCGGCUCGGGUACCAUGAACCUCGGAGGCAGCCUUACCAGACAGAUGGAGAAAGAUGAGACUGUGAGUGACUGCUCCCCACACAUAGCCAACAUCGGGCGCCUGGUAGAGGACAUGGAAAAUAAAAUCCGAAGUACGCUGAAUGAGAUCUACUUUGGGAAAACGAAGGACAUCGUCAACGGGCUAAGGUCUGUGCAGACUUUUGCAGACAAAUCUAAACAAGAAGCGCUUAAGAACGACCUGGUGGAGGCUCUGAAGAGAAAGCAGCAGAGCUAAGCCCCUGCUCCGCGCUAGCCGGACACGCCGCGCACUCUUUAGGUUCCUUUCCUAGAAAACUCGUUUUCUGCUCCCUGUCCCCAGCCCUUCCCUCCCUGACAGGCCCCUAACAACGCGCAUCCGAGGCCGCACAGCGCCAUCUCCCCCAAUAAAGCCCAGUAACCGCCCUGCUCCGGCUCCGAGGCCUGCUUCCCACCGAUCCGCUGUCAGAACUCUGGUGUCUGCAUAGAGCCCGCGAGGGCCCGGCCCGCCCGCCCUGCCCCCCAUAGGCAUACAGACGCUGCCCGUCAGCCCUCCCCUCCCCCUUUUUGUUACAUUGGUGUAAAAAAUGUAAAACAAAAAAAUUUUAUGAAAUAACUGUGGUGUGUGAGAGACAGAAGGAAACCUGGAGGUGCGACUCCAGUGCGUUUGGGAGUUGCUGGGGGCGGGGGCGGGGGACAGGGGCCAGCCCUGGGCGGAAGGAGAGGUGGCUGAGCCGUCCUGUGCAGGCUUGCCCCUGUCCCUCGGAGGCCGCGGGGUGGGGGCGGGAGCUGCUCUUCUGGCCAGGUGCUUUUCUGUCAAUUUUUACGGAAUGCAAAAGGAGUUUUUUGUUUUAUUUUGUUUUUUUGUAAAGCUUAACAAAAAAUAUCUACAUCUUAUACUUGAGCCUCCAUACUUAAAAAAAGGAAAAAAAGAACAAAAAAAUUAAAUAAAAAGAAACUGGGACGCAGUUAGC